GCGCCGGGAGCCGCGCCGGGAGCCGCUCCGAGGCACCAUGCGGGCUGCGGGGCUGCUGCCGCUGCUGCCGCUGCUGCUGCUGCCGCUCGGUGUCAGCUCUCAGGAAGAUGCAGAUUCUACAAGCCCAGGAACAAGCCCGUCCACCAUGACAACAGCAACCGCCACAGUGGCCACACCUGCAAGAGCUGCAGAGACCUCACCAACCACCUCUGCAUCAUCACCUACCACAGACAAAAUCACCACCGCCACCAUCACUAAGGAAGCAGCCACUCAGCCAACUGUGGCAGAUUCCAACACUGCUCAAAGCAGCACCACCAUUACCAACCUGUUAGAGUCAUUGUCCCCCUCUGCACCGUCACUGAGCACACUGGUCGCAACAUUGGGGACAGCAUCGCCUACCACCAUGACCCCGACCCACACGCCAGGGCAGGACAGCCCCUCACAGGGCACCACCAUCCCCACAACCACCCCUGCUGCACAGCCCACAAAUUCCCAGCAGCCCGGUGGUGCUACAUCCACUUCAGGAAGCUCAGAGACCACCGCUGCUGCAGAUCUUGUCACUAAUGCAACCAGUCCCCCGGGAGCUAUAGGGGCUGUUGGCACAUCCUCUCCCACCACACAGCCUCAGGAAAACCAGCCUUUGAGUCAUUUGCCUAACACCACUGUGAGCACCACAGUGCCGAGGACUGACCCUUCCCAAAGCUCCAAGGACUGUCCUGUCUCUCCUCCCCCGUGUGACACCAAGCAGCCUCCUUCUUCUUCCAGUUCUCCAGACCAGGGACCAACCCCUUCCACCAGUUCUGGAAGCACUUCUGUUACCCCUCUGACUGGAUCCCCGUCCCUCGCCACCACCCCGACACUGCAAAACGGCAGCAAAGACACGGUCCCGGGGGCAGCCGCCACAACAACUCCUGGGGCAGACCAGAGUACCCACGAUGCUGGAUCUGCACCAACCAAACCCACCGGUGCCUCCCAGAGCCCUGACGGUGCCCAGCCACCAGUUCCAGCCUCGGGGGACCAGACAGAGAGCUGCAGUUCUGGCCACCAGCACCCCAACAUUUCUUACCCAAAUGAGCUCAUCUGUGACGACCAGGUGCAACAUACCAGGCCCACCAUUCAGCUGAAAGAACCCAGAACCUGUGAUGAGUGGAGGACUGCCAGCAAAAACAACUCCUUCUUUGAGAGCUUCUGCUCCACGGCCCAGCACGUGUUUGACGCCAGCAGGGACUGGUGCACGGUGACACUGAUGGCCUGCAAGCCCCGCUCCCACCACUGGGCUGUGUGGGUGGUCCUGCACCAUCCCUUGGACUCUGAAGAAGUCCUCAAGGAGCUGAAGGAGAAGAAGGACAAGUUAGAGGAGCUCGGCAUCGUCAACAUCACCUCUGACAAAAUGGUGGAGGACAUGACCAUCAACGACGAGUUCAGCACCCCCCUGAUCAUCACCAUCAUCACCCUGGCCGGGUCCCUGCUGCUCGUCGCGGCCAUCUACGGCUGCCACCAGCGCUUCUCCCAAAAGAAGGACCAGAACAUCCACCCUGAUGUCCCCGGGUUUGAUGAUGGACAUGUGGCCCUGAUCUUUAAUCAGCGCCUGACCGAGGAGAUGCAGACCAUGGAGAACGGCUACCAUGACAACCCCACGCUGGAGGUGAUGGAGACCUCCUCCGAAAUGCAGGAGAAGAAGGUGAACCUCAACGGUGAGCUGGGGGACAGCUGGAUUGUUCCUCUGGACACCCUCAUGAAGGAGGACCUGGAGGAAGAGGAGGACACGCAUUUAUAGGAUGCAGAACUUGAUCAAGAAAAGAACAACCACCCCCCCAAAAAAAAUCCCAUAAAUCCUAAACACACGCACACAGAGCUCCAAAAUAAGGCAAAAUUCCCCCAAAAAAGAAGAAAAUCCCUUAAUAAACUAAUCAUGGCCCCUUGUGCCACCACAUGGGGUACAGGAUGGAAGAGGAAAGGACAUGAGAAGACACCUCUGGGGCACAUCAACACAAGCCACUUUGGUGGCCACAUCUGGCUAAGCAUCCUCCAUCCCCCAUCCACCUCCCAAGCCAGACCUGACCAGCCAUGGGCAAACAGGGUGGCUUUGCUCCUGAAGAGCUGCUGGUGUCUCCUCCAAGCAUCCCACAUCUGACCACACCAGCUGCAUCCUCCAGCUACUGAGCGACUCAAAAAUCAAGAGAAAUAAAGUAAAUAGGAUGGGAGAUGGAGUGUGUCUGACAGCAAAGCAGCACCUGGCAAUUAACAGCUUGACAAAUCCUCUGGCCCACGCUGUUUAGUCAUCACCCUGCCCUCCCUGACACCCAGGUAGUAAAUGAAAAAAGCUGGAACAGCCUGUUCCUUUUUAAUCUGGUUUCCAUCCACUCCUCAGAGCUAAAACGCACAAGAGGCUCUCGUUGUGCCACAGGCAAAUGGAUGCAUCUGGACCCAGCGGGAUGGCAGGGAUGCAGCAGUGCCAAGUGAUGCUCAGCCCCGCUGCCAAGGGCUGUGGAACAGAUCCUGCACCCAUGUGGAGACUGGGAGAGGUGCAGCAUCUUCUUGUUUUGAAAGGAUGAGAUGGAGGGAGAGGAAAAGGAGGAAUUCCUGGAGUUCAUCCCUCUUAGGAAGGGUGUGGAGAGCAAGAGCAAUGCCUGGUCUCUAGCCCAGGUGUGAUGUUGGGGGUUUUGUGGUGCAGGAGCUCAGCUCUGGUGCUGCAUUUCCCCACAGAAGGAUCACUUGCCUUCCAGGAGUUACACAGCAGCAUCUCACAGCCCUCAUCCAUCCUCCACAGGACUGUGGGACACACGCACCACGACAGUUUGUGAUUUUUGAGGGCACAUUUUCCUGUGUGAGCAGCAGAAGAGGUAAAAGAGCAGCAGAACGUGACCCAGGGAGCUUGGUGGCAUUCAGGUGGCCCUUGGUGUUUCAUUCCCUCGAGGUUUAAAAGCUCAGCCCAUGUUCUUAAACUCUUCUUCACAAGCCACUAAAAUAACAAAGACCUGCAAAGCAACUUCCAGCUCAGCAGUGAAGCUGGGACUGAGCUUUCUCCUGCAGCCCUUGGUCUGCCACCCAGGUCUCCCUUUGCUGAAGCCUUUAAAGGGGAGAAGAAAAACAUGGCUGGACUGAGGCCAUUUCUGGGAUUUUGACUCUCCACCACAUCCCCUAAAUAGCUCUAAAAGGUUGGGGAGAGUUUUAUGCCUUUGCUCUGGUGAAGCAGCUCUGGCACAGGCAGGGAUCAUCCUUGUCCUCCUGCUGGGGUCCAUCCUCCAGGACAUGAGGCCCUGAAGGUCACGUGGCUGAGUCCCUCUCCCAACGUGAGGAUGGUGCUUGUCCCAAACCCUCUGCAAGCCAGAGGAGCUGCAGAUAAGAGCGAUGCCCAAACAUGGCCCUUCUCCUCUGCUUGCUAUAAACCAAGGCACGACGGGGAGAUUUCCUUUGGGCUCUGCCACCAAGCCAACCCAACUGGGAUCUGCUCCCACAGCUGCCCUGAACGAGGGGAAAAGCAGAGCCAAGCAAUGGGAAGCUUGGAGAAACCCUGGUGGAGUUGGGAGUUCUCAGGAAGGAGGGGAUCGGGGUGUUUCGCUCAGCCCCAGGACAGGCACUGGCAGAAGUUACAAGUGGCUCUUCCCCCUUCUGUCCUGCACCGAAGGGCAGAGUCUGAAGUGUUCAAACCUUUAUAUUUUUGUAUGUAAAUAUUCCUGCUACUCAUUAGCAAUGUAUUCCGCACACUUCACUUACCUGGGCACUGCACUAUGGGGAAGUAAUUUUGGAGGGGAGGGGAAAUAACAAAAUAAAUUAUAAAAAAAAAAUUAAAAAUCUUAAAAAUAAGAAAAAAGCAAAAAAAAAAGAAAGAAAAAGCUAAAGGCCAGCCUGAUAGGGGAUUAAAAUUUGACAUGAAGCAGAAAAACACCUCUUGCCCAGAUAACUUUUUGCCACGGCUUUGUCCCUGUUCAAGUUCAGCUCUUUAACGUGGACACGAGUCUCAGAACGGGACUAGGCAUCCACAAGUACUCUUGUGAGCAUUGUGGCCUCCCAGCUGCCCUGACAGACAAGCAGCAGGUCCAUGACCUCACAUUUCUGUCCUUCCCAGAAAACAAACACAGUGAGAACACAGAGCAGCAGCAACGCUGUGGCCACCGGGGCUGGAGCUGCCACAAGGACACCCCUGGCAGGGCAUCUCCAGGCGGUUUUGGCAUGUGCCUAAAGAUUCCCCCUUCCCAGCAAAGAGAUGCCAAAGUGCUUUAAUGAGUCAGGUCCAAAGACUUUCCAAGAAAACCCUACAGAGGCUUGAGAUCAAGUAACCUUAAAUCUUUCCGAGCAGAGACCAGUGAGAAUAUUAACUGCUCAGCAAGUGCUUAUAGUGAUUUAUAUUUGAAUAGGAAUUGUACAUUUAUUUAUUUUUCCAGACACCAUAUUUUUAAACCACUAAUAUUUUAUAGUAGAUUUUCCUUCCCCUAUUUAAAAGAACUAUUUCCACAGGAAAAGAAAACAGUACUUUUUUCUUUUUUUUUUUUUUAAUGUUGAGAACAUUCUUUUUUUGGAAAAAAAAAAUCAGGUAGGAAAUGCAGCAAUGAGCAUCUUUGGCCUUAACCCUUCCCUUUGUAGACUGUAGCCAUAAUUGUUAGACCAAAAAGAAUUAAAAAAAAAAAAAUUACCGAGGCAUUUCCUUCCUCCCUCCCCCUCCUCCCUUCCCUGCACUCCUCUUCUCUCCCCCAAAACAGCUUUAACAUCCCACACAUUGUACAAAGAGAUUCCUGCUCUUACCUUUCGGCGAGAGCUUUACGAGCAGCUCAGAUGUCCUUGCAAGAGACUUUUCUAUUUUCAGAUUCACGAGGAAACGUGUAAAUACUUUAGGAGCAUUUUAUCUCCCGCUCACAGUGCCAUGACCCAGCUGAUGAGGUUGAUACUGUGACUGCUGCCUACAGAAGACACACAGGUCAGAAUCCAUGAGGGACUGGAGAAGGAAAACCUAAUUCCCCAGGUGGUUACCUGUUGAACCUUGCACAUGUAGUAGGGCUCUUACAUACUGUGUAGCAGCAUCUCUCAUGGGGACAGGAGUCUGAUUUACACUGGAAUUUACUGAGGAACUGGAUUGUAAGAGAUUAUUCUUGCAUUUUCCUACAAAUAUAUUUUGAGAGCAUCAUGUAUUUCUGUCAAUAAACAUUCUUACUUAAA